AUGGCUCUCUGUACAUUUGCAUUUCCUGGGAAUUUGAGCAAGGCAGUGGGUGCAGAACCUCAAAGGCACACAACUUUAUGCUCUCAGUGGCUCCAUGAAACUGAUCUGCAGAGUAAAUUUUAUUUCAAGAAUCAUCGGGUAAGGAAGAGGGCAGCAGGGGUUUGUGCAUCCUUAUCUGAGAGAGGGGAGUAUCAUUCACAGAGGCCUCCGACUCCUCUUUUGGACACCAUCAACUAUCCUAUUCACAUGAAAAAUCUCUCUACUAAGGAACUGAAACAACUUACAGAUGAAUUGCGGUCUGAUGUUAUAUUCAAUGUUUCAAAGACUGGGGGUCAUCUUGGUUCGAGUCUUGGUGUUAUUGAGCUCACUGUGGCUCUUCAUUAUGUAUUCAAUGCUCCUCGAGAUAGAAUACUUUGGGAUGUUGGGCACCAGUCAUAUCCACAUAAAAUUUUGACCGGAAGAAGAGACAAGAUGCAUACAUUGAGACAGACAAAUGGUCUGGCAGGUUUUACUAAGCGCUCGGAGAGUGAUUAUGAUUGCUUUGGUACUGGCCACAGUUCGACAACUAUCUCAGCAGGCCUAGGAAUGGCUGUGGGAAGGGAUCUAAAAGGAAGAAACAACAAUGUAGUUGCCGUAAUAGGAGAUGGUGCUAUGACAGCAGGUCAGGCUUAUGAAGCAAUGAACAAUGCUGGAUACCUCGACUCUGACAUGAUUGUUAUACUUAAUGACAACAAGCAAGUCUCGUUACCCACUGCUAAUCUAGAUGGCCCUAUUCCUCCCGUUGGAGCUUUAAGUAGUGCGCUGAGCAGGUUGCAGUCCAACAGGCCACUUAGAGAAUUAAGAGAAGUUGCCAAGGGAGUAACUAAACAAAUAGGUGGACCCAUGCAUGAGCUUGCAGCGAAAGUUGAUGAAUAUGCUCGUCCAGUGUUAAUCCACGUAGUCACCGAGAAAGGCAGAGGCUAUCCAUAUGCUGAGAAAGCUGCAGACAAGUACCACGGUGUGGCUAAGUUUGAUCCGGCAACUGGAAAACAAUUUAAAUCAAGUGCUCCUACUCAGUCAUAUACAACCUACUUUGCAGAGGCUUUGAUAGCAGAAGCGGAAGCAGACAAGGAUAUUGUUGCAAUCCACGCAGCAAUGGGAGGUGGGACAGGCUUGGCCUGUGAAGGCAUUAAACCUUUUUGUGCAAUCUACUCAUCCUUCAUGCAAAGGGCUUAUGACCAGGUAGUGCAUGAUGUGGAUUUGCAGAAGCUACCUGUGAGGUUUGCUAUGGAUAGAGCUGGCUUAGUUGGAGCAGACGCUGCUAUUGAUGAUAGACCAAGCUGUUUCCGCUAUCCCAGAGGAAACGGGGUGGGCGUAGAGCUGCCCCCAGGAAACAAAGGCAUACCUCUCGAGGUUGGAAGGGGCCGGAUAUUGAUUGAGGGAGAGAGAGUGGCUCUUUUGGCAUAUGGAUCAGCCGUUCAAAGCUGUUUGGCUGCCGCCGCCUUAGUAGAACCCCGUGGUUUACGGUUAACUGUUGCAGAUGCACGCUUCUGCAAGCCACUAGAUCACUCUCUUAUACGCAGCUUGGCAAAAUCACACGAGAUCUUGAUCACUGUGGAGGAAGGGUCAAUUGGCGGUUUUGGAUCUCAUGUAGCUCAGUUCAUGGCCCUAGAUGGGCUUCUUGAUGGCAAUUUGAAGUGGAGGCCGCUGGUUCUUCCAGAUCGGUACAUUGAUCAUGGAUCCCCAGCUGACCAACUGAUGGAAGCAGGGCUGACGCCAUCUCAUAUCGCGGCAACUGUUUUUAAUAUACUUGGGAAAGCUCGAGAGGCUUUGGAGAUUAUGUCCGAAAGUAUAUUGAGCCAAUGCCCAUACAAAGACAAACCCAACCCUCACAUACAGACAAAUGAACCUGAGCCAUCCAUUCUUGAUAGCACUGAAUCAGAAUUAACUAUUCCAGAUAGUGCUGUCAAUCUAGAACAACACAAUGAACCUUGUGCCCGAUGA